AAAGAGGGAAGAAGUACAAGAAGAGGAGACAGAAGAAGAAUCAUUUUGGGGCAGAGACACCCAGCUGAGAUCACUGCAGACCGCCGAGAGCAGAAGAAGAGUAGUAACGGAGGAUCAAAUCCUCCUUCAGACAGGCCGCCCGUCUUUAUCAUCGAUAAGGAUGUCUCCUCUUAUUUGGGCUACUCUUCUUUUUUCUGCGUGGGGCAUAAAUGUGAACACAGGUACAUCAGGAAACCAAAAACCACCCUGUGAAAAAGAUGCCUAUUGCGUCACACUCCGUCAAGAAGAAAUAACAGCAGAGGCUGGACUCUGUGUUGUGAUACCGUGUUCUUUCACCACUUCACCUACCUUUACAUCCAAAUAUUAUGUUUGGAUGAAAUGCAAACAAUCUAAAGAAAACUGUGGGGUUUCAGACGUGAUUUUCAGCACAACAGUUCCCAGCAAAGAAGUCCAGCCUGGGUUCAGAGAUAGAGUGUCGCUGUUGGAGCCUGAUGUGAGGAAGAAGAACUGCAGCAUCAUCAUCAACGACCUCACUGAGUCAGACUCUGGAUCGUAUCAGUUCAGAGUUGAGGGUUCCACCUCUGCAAAGGCAAUAGAUGGAUUUACAUUUUCCAGUAAAACAAAUGUGUCUGUAACAGUUCUGACCCAGAAGCCCACAGUGAUGAUUCCUCCUCUGACAGAGGGGCUGCAGAGCACACUGAGCUGCACUGCUCCUGGUCUCUGCUCUGGAUCUCCUCCUGAGAUCACCUGGAUGUGGAGAGGAGGAGGAGAGAAUGAGUCCCACAUCACAGGAAACAUCACUGAUUUCAAGACUGUUGCACAAAGACACAGCUCAGCUUUGAGCUUUACACCCUCUGCUAAGCACCAUGGCACCAACAUCACUUGUAAGGUGGGCUUCAAAAAUAAUAUCACAACAAACAGGACAGUGACUCUCAAUGUGACCUAUUUAAAGAAACCUGUCAUUGUGGGGGAGACAACGGUUAAAGAGGGAGACUCUUUAAAUCUGACCUGCACUGUUGACAGUUUCCCUCCCUCUGUUAUCACAUGGACUAAACUUGGCACAAACAAAAGCUUCAACAAUCUCACUGGAAUGGCAGCACUCAUCAUCCCUAACAUGACAAAAGAAGGUUCUGGAAAGUACACGUGUUCUGCAACAAACCAAAACAAAACUGAUUCUACACAGACUGAAGUAAAUCUGGGACUGUCACCAAGGAUCUUACAGAGCUCUGCAUGUGUCGUUCAGUCAGAUGUCCUGACCUGUGUGUGCAUCAGUGAGGGGUUUCCUUUACCCAUCAUGAAAUGGCCGCUGCUGGAAAACCACAACCAGUACUCUGUCACUACUAGCAAAACAAAGCACUCAGUCAACAGCAACAUAACUGUAUCUGUAAAAGAUCACAACUACACCACUGUUGUGUGUGUCAGCAUCAAUGUCAUUGGAGAAGUAAACAAUCCGCUCAAAGUCAUCACAAAAAAUGUGACAAAACCGGAGGUUACAGAACAUUUCAGCAAGCUGUCACAACUCAUCACACAGCCUCAGGUCAUCAUUGCCUUUUUCAUAGGCGUACUUCUUACAGCGACCAUCUGCUGUUUGAUCGGAACAUGCCACAGGAAAAAACCCAGGAGAUCUGGAAACAUGGCUUUGGACAAUCUGGAGAUGAUGAACACACACGCUGAUUCACUGAUGGAUGCUGGUCAAGCAUUGGGAAAUGGUGGAGCUAACGGAGGAGCUGAAGGUGACGUUGAACCAAGAGAAGUGGAAUAUUCCGACAUUAACAUCUCCUUGUUGGAGAGGAGUCCCAGGAGAGCACAGGGCGUUCAAGCCGCCACAGAAUCGGAGUAUGCUGAAAUUAAGAAAGACAAAACGGAGGAGAGACUGGCCAAUGAUGACCAGAAUGAGGAAAUAUUGGAGGGCAAUGAAAAAGAGGAGGCGAUGAUGGAGGAGGAGGGAAAAGAUUGUGUCCCAGAAAAGGAGGAGGGGGACGAUGUGGCAUUGUAUUCAAAUUUGAAGGAUGUAAUGGGGGAGAUACUUCCUGUAUUAAUGUCUGUGCUGCCAGCAACGAGGCUUUGUCCUGUCCAGUUCAGUUACUACCAAACUUCCUGUUUGUGUGUUUUAAAGUUCUUCAAAGGGAGUUUGGAGAUCGUCUGUCUCAAUCAACAAAAUAAGAUGCUUCUCCUCAUCUGGCUGAUUCUGCUCUUCACUGUGGAAAGAAACAAUGCUAAAGUUGCAUCUCCCAAGACCGAAGACAUAACAGCAGAGGCCGGACUCUGUGUUGUCAUACCCUGUUAUUGGUCUGCUGAUCAAGGCUUUGCUUUGGAAAGUGCAGUUUGGUACAAAUGUGAACAGAACUGCAAUGAUUCUGACAUAAUACUCCGCUUGAACAAAAGCACUGACCCAAAGACUCAGUCUAAGUUGGUGGGGCGAGUGUCACUUCUAGUGCCUGAUCUGAGUCGGAGGAACUGCAGCAUCGUCAUCAAUGACCUCAACAAGUCAGACUCUGGAUCGUAUGAACUCAGAGCCCUGAACAAAGCAAACAACAGAUUAACUUCUCACAGAGCAAAUAUCACUGUCAAAGAUCUGAGUCAGAAGCCCACUUUGAACAUUCCUCUUCUGACAGAGGGAAAUCAAAGCACGCUGACCUGCACUGCUCCUGGUCUCUGCUCUGGAUCUGCUCCUACGUUUUCCUGGGCUUGGAGGACACCAGGAAAGAAUGGCAAUCCCAUCAGAAAUAGCACAGCUCAAAAUGGACAAAGCUCGACUUUCACCUUUAACCCCUCGGCCAUGCACCAUGGCGGGGAGGUCACCUGCAAAGUCAGCUUCAGAAACGAGGCAACUACGGAGAACACUGUGAUUUUGAAUGUGACCUAUGUCAAGGAACCAGAAAUCACUGGAAAGACAACAGUAACGAAGGGCGACACUUUGGAUCUGACCUGCCGUGUUGACAGCUUCCCUCCCUCUGUCAUCACAUGGACUAAACACGGAUCAGAAAAACCCCUGAGUAACUCUUACAAUGGAUCAGCCCCUCUAGUUAUCUUUGAUGUGAAUUCAAAUCAUUCAGGACUGUACACCUGUGCGGCAAAACAUCUCCUCAACAGCGUGAACAUUACCGUGAUGAUGCGUCCAAAGAUCCUGAACAGCUCUGGAUGCAUAAAUGACUUAAAGCUUCUGACCUGUUCGUGCAUCAGCAGAGCGGACCCCUUACCCAGUAUCCAAUGGCCGCUGUUGGUGAACCACACAGCGUUUACUGUCAUUACCACCACAUCCAACCACACGGUCAACAGCACCUUCAUCCUAGCAGUAAACAACCAAAGUAACGCUGUUGUCGAGUGUGUCAGCAGCAAUGAAAAUGGAGAUGUAAAACAAAAACUCAUCAUAAAUAAAGAAGAACCAAAAGAUGAAGGUGAAGACAUUAUGAAACUGCUCCGAGUUGUUACACGGCUAGAUAUUCUCAUUGCCUUUUUGAUUGGUGCUCUCCUGUCUUCAAUCAUUUGCUGUUCGGUGCGAAAAUGCCACAGGAAAAAACACAGGACCCAUGGAUAUCUGGCUGAGACUCUGGAGAUGGUGACAAGUCAAGAAGAUCCACUGAUAGACGCUGGUCAAGCAGUGGAAAAUGCUCAGGCCAUCGAGCAAGAGGCACCUGAAGGAGGUGACGGUGUGGCAGCAGGGAAAUCCGAUGUGGAUUAUUCCAACCUGGAUUUCUCCUGGGUCAAAAGAAAGAAUCUUGCAGAGAAAGGAAUGGCACAGGAAACAGAGACAGAGUACGCUGAAAUUAAAAAAGGAGAGACGGAGGAAAGGCUAGAUGGAGAAGGCAAAGAGGAGAUGGCAGGAGAGGAUGAGGAGACAAAGGAGUUUGUGGCAGAUGGCGGGGAAGGUGAGGAUCUGUAUUCCAAUGUGGAGGACAUAAUGGGUCAGGAAAAAGAAGGUGCUGCUUAGGUGUUGAGGAUGACUUCUGCAAGGGGUUCUGAUAUGAUGGCUUCAUUCUUUGUAUUUGUCCUGCUUUGGCUACAGCACAGAGAUUUUUUUCACCUGGAGAAAAGUCUAUUUUUCCAAUAGCACUGUUUCCACAAUAGUAUAAAACACGUAGUCCAUACAUUUGUAUCUUCAGGUACCUUUUAUGAAAAAUCCAAACCCUAAAGUACAGGAAAAGGUAAAAAGCUGAUAUGGAAAUCAUUCAAGGACAAAUUCUCACACUGUCUCAAUUUCAUAUUGCAUAAUUAUUAUUUUGUAUGCAAACCUGUAUUGUUGGUUUUGACAGUGAAUCAUUGUAUACUGUUUAAUGUUGCAUUGUCUGUUGUAUAUAACAGCUGAAGCUUUUUUUUAAAUUAUUUUCUUGUGGUAUUUCUAUAUGGUAUGGGCAAUUUAAAGGAGCGAUAUGUUACUCUGACACAUAGUGUUUAAAAUGGGUACUGCAGUCCAAAUUCAUAACAUUGGAGAGAGCUGUCUCCCCCCGCCCUCUCCUCUCUAGAGUCCAUGCUAACGCGCAUUGACAUUUCACGGUCAUGGAAGCUUCAGUGUUUAGCCAGCUCUGCAUUGGUCUAAAAAUCUUUCUGCGUUCUAACCUCUCUCCAUUUUUUAAAAGCGUCUCCAAUAUUGAUCCUAAUUUGAGCACGUUCCUACUCGUGGAGCUUAUUAGAAACAUGCAGAGGCUUUUUAGGCCAGGUAGAAUCAGUUUUAUCUCCACCAGUUUGCUUGCCCACAUCCAACACUGUAACACCUGUUUGCUUGCCUGGCAAACCUAGGGGAGUCCAAAACGGCCAUGUGGGGGUGCCUUAAAACUGCCUACCAUCUCUGGAAGGAACAAAAACAAACCAUUCUGCACCAGAAUCGAAUUUUAGGAGGAGGCGGACAUACUGGCUGCUGCACUGUUGUCAGAUAACCCAGAACUAAAGCUCACUAUUUCAUCUCUGCACUCUUCUCUAAAUAUUUGUAUUUUGUGAACAUAACCCGCCUUUUUCCUCCAGCUCAUUGAACCCAGGUGUUAGAGUUACUAUUGCAUUACCAUUGCAGUGGAACUGUGCACCUUUGACAGAUGUACUAUCACAGUUACAGGGCCAACACAUACAGCUGUUUUUCAAUUAUAAGUAUAUCUCUAAAUUCAAGUCUAAGUACUUAGUACUUGGGUUGAGCUCACACACAGUAUAUUGAACCUACAACAAUGUUCCCCGCUAUGAGGCCGGAAAUCGUUUGGGGGAUGUUAGCCAAAAAUAACAUUUGAGGUUAGAGAUGUUUUGAAUACUAACUUCCUCUUUAAACAGAUACAAGAAAAAAAAGCUGCAGCUUUACUCAUACAGUAGGUUUCUCACCUUCCCCUUUUCUCUUUUUAAAUAACUUUGUUCCUCUUUAUUGUCAAUGCCUCUUUUAAGUCUUUAUAAGAAACUGCAUUUUUUGUAACAACUUUGAUAGUUAAAGAAAAGAAAAUGAAACUCUCAUAUUGCAGAAUGUGCUGUUUGUAUGAUAAAAUCAAUGGAGAGAGAAAAAAAAUCAUUGCAUUUCUUGUGUGUUAACAAUAUAAAUCAAGGAACACGUAUUGAUGCUUAUAUUACGAUUGUUGUAUCCAUUUCAAAACAUCUGGGCUUUUUCAGAUCAAUAAGAACAACUUUAUGAGGAUGUGGGUGUAGUUGUAUAACUUAUUGUUGGAUGGUACAUGAGGGGCUGAUAUUCUUGAGCAAGGGUUUGACAUGUUGUGGAACAAAGGUCCAGGAUGGUAUUGAAAAAUAAUAUGUAAUGCACCUUGUCUUUUUAGUAGGGCAGGGCAACGAUUAAAAGUUUUAAUCGCGUUAAUCGCAUGAGUUCCUGUGAUUAAUCGUGAUUAAUCGCAUUGUUAUAAGCAAAAUCCAAUAAUGAAUUCAAAAGUAGUGUAUAGCGCACUUUUAUUGUAAAUGUACUUCUCAACUUAAACAAUGUAAUCAAAGCAAAUAAAUACAAAACUAAAGCUUAUUGCAUUCGUUGCAGUCUGGACGCAGAGUGGUGUGGGUCUCCUCUCUGCUCUCUGACUGCAGCUGGGUCUGCUGCGCGAGGCUACACUGACAGCCUGUGAGUGGUUUUGGAAGGGUGAUGGGCUCACGGCAGCACCCGCUGCUCGUUGAUGACAGUAACUGCAGAGCAAUACGUGCUUUCACGUCAGUUUCUUACACCAAAAAAGUCUCCAAUAACACCAGAAAAAGUCGCUAGAUUUGUCGCUAGUAGCUGUUGACAAGUUGGCAACACUGUUUUUCCUCUUUCCCGUGAGCACCGCAGCAGACAUGCGCAGCAGUAAGCAACAUACGAGGCUCGCUCACGAUGGAAUUUUACUAAAUAAAAGCCAGUGAGCAACAGACUUUUACAAUAAGAAAAAAAAUAAUAAAAACUGCGUUAAUGCGAGAUAAAAUGAUUGUCGGCGAUAAUUAAUUAAAGAGUUAACGCGAAAAUAACGCGUUAACGUGCCCAGCCCUACUUUUUAGAUAUCAGGGGAUCAAAUGUUAAAUCCUUGACCUUUUGGACAAUGAGGAAAAAGAGGAAUCUGUUUUGCAAAUAAAUCUGUUUUUAAGUUAUUUCUUGCCAAAAUAGUGAUGUCGGUCAAAAUGUUAUACUCAUACUUUUGCUUUAUUGAUAUGAUGAUAAGUGCUGCAAUAAUCAAAUAAAUUUAAAGAAAUGAUAAUGCUUUA